AUGUUUACUGCGCUGACGAUAGUCGCGCAGAUGAUGAGGAACAGUACCGACGCUUACGAUGUCAAAUCGUCCCCGCGUCUCUUUUGGCAAGGACGAGAAUCUGGAUCUCCAUUCCCCAAAAGCCAAGAAAACCAGGUUCCUUAUGACCCCGAGUCUCCAUUUUCCAGCUCAAAACGACCAUCUAUCGAAAACUUAAAGCGGCAAUCGCGCGUCAGGAACAGCAACAUGCUCCGCGACUAUAACCAGGAGUACGACCCAACAAAUGUCUAUGUACCGCAAAGGCCCUUAGCUACAAGCCGGUCGCCGCAGAAGGAAGCGCAAAGCACGCAAACAUCGCAAAUGUCGAACAGGCAAGAGGCUGGCCCAAUAGGCCCAAGACCGCCAUCACCAAGCAAGGAACAGGCACCUCCAGCCAAGUCGUCCUUAUCCCGCGCAAGCCGUUUUGGCGUUAAGGACAUGGGCUUUGACCCAGAGACCGAAAUCUGGUCUGAUGCGGAGAACCGACAUGCUAAAAGCGUCACCUUCGAUGCCGCUCCCCCUCAGGUCAACGAGUAUGAAAUGACAACACCUGACCCGUCUUCAAUCGCCUCUGAUUCUCGCGAAGGCAGUUAUGAGUCUGAUGAGGACGAGUUUCCGGACAUCAGUUUCGACCGUGACUCACUAACAGACCGCGAGGAUAGCUUUGAUGCGUCGCUCGAGGACCUCGAGAAGACCCCGGUCGUACUGCCAGAGGAUUGGCGUUACAUGAGUCCAUCCAGCGCAAACGACGAUUUGGUUAAAGAGGACGAAGACCCCUUCACUGAGGACGAGGAGAAUCACAAUCCAGAUCCCCGGCCUUCGUCUCGACAAGAGACAUCUGAGAAACACGCUCCCGUUGAAUCGCUGGACUCCAAUGGCGAGCCUCGCCCCCUUCCUCCUCUCCCAGGGCGUACAUCUUUCCCGCCACAUCCUUCAUCCCCCAGUAAGCUGGCUUCAGCAUUUGAACUCGGAAGUGGUAGCCAGCGGGUUCUGCCAUCCCCUCCAGGACCAGCUUCCUACAGCAAGUCAGAUAUUACCGAAUUUGGUCAUUCCUCGAUGUCGCUGGAGGACAGGCUGCGCUUGAUGAAGAUACAAGAGGACGGACAGGAGGAUGCUAAACCAGAACAUCAAGAUAUUGAGCCGCAGUCGAAGCAUGAUGAUGGAAAUCAAGGCGAGACCGAGACUCACUCCAAUCAACCGAAGCAACAUGACUCUGAGUCUACAGAUGAAACUCCUGGAGCUGCCCCAGAGGUCUUUUCACCACCACAUAUUUCCAGGGAUUCCAUCCUGCGUGACCUCCGAAGGAGCGAAAGCUUCAUGGAUGACUCAUUCGACGAGUCUUCCCAGAUCCCUUCCAGCCCUCAUUCUUAUAUGAAUUACGACCCAGAUGUUCCGAUCCCGUCACUUGAAAAUGAUGAUAUGCUUGACGAUGACGAUUACGAUGACACCAAUAGCGUGGUGAUCAAACAAGAAGAAGACCAUGACAACGAUCUUUACGACAUCCCCGAUUAUUAUGAAACAAUCCCGUCGAAGGAUUCCUCUUUCAAGAGCUUGAAGGAUAAGCUGACCAGCGAUGAGGAGAGCCGCUAUUCGAGCCAGCAGAUGGAAGAUGACUUAACAGAGAAAGGUAGCGCUCGGAAUUCUGACGCAGGACAGGCGACGCCCGUGGCUACAGACCAGGAUGACAAGGCUUCCAGCGAACAGACACCCCAGGAGACCCAAGCGGAGCCCGCACCUGGUUCCAAAAUGUCAACCAUCAAAGAGGCCUUGCAACGCCCAAUAACCCCCGAGGAUGACGGUCAAAUAUCGGAGCCCUCGACACCAGAUUCCGUGAUUCGUCAUCCAGUCGACGAUGAUAGCGACACAGGAGUUCUAUCGGUAGAAAGUGUUCCUGAUCCAAUUGCGACAGUCAAAGCCCCCGGAACUGGUCUUAAAACACGGCCGUCAUUGACCCCAGCUGAUCUAGAAUCCAUGGCUGCCACUCGCCGUAGAAUAAGCGGACAACAUCCCCCACCCAUGCCCGGGCUCAGCAAGCAGCCAUCAAACGAAUCUGAGCAUUCCGCCCCCGAGGAUACCACACCGUCCCAGCCUGCGAAGGAAGUUUCCCAACGACAAAGCAGUCUCGUGAAGCUGGACAUCCCGUUCAGCAUCCAGGAAGAAAGCCUCGGCUUUGGUUUGGACAAAGAGUUCGACCGCGUCAUUGAAAACCAAAAGGUUGCGUUUGAGUUAUCCCUUUCCCAACUGUAUUCUCGUGCUGGGCCCAAUAGACACAUGCAGGAGUCCCUUGGCAAUAAUAUGGAGCCAAUUGCUAACGAACAAAUCCCUAAACAGAGAGGCUACCUCAUGAGACAUAACACAAAAGUUAUCAUUGCAAGCAGCCGCAAUGAAGACGAGCCUGCCACUGCUCCUGGAGCUGCCCCGACAGAAUCUAGGGGAACAAAGUCGGCUAUACCCACACCCCGAAAAGCCAGCCAGCAAACCUGGACCACUGUGCCUUGGAACGGACAAACCCGCCGUGCAAGCAUUAGGCAAGCUAGCGGAAUCCGCAAGAAGCCUGUCCCUGGACCUGUGCCCCCUCUUCCAGGUCAACAGAGCAAUGUUCAAGAAAACCCUGCGACAAUCGAAGAAAACGAGCCCGCUUUGAAUGGCGCCUUGGAUGAAGGAGAAGAGCGGGGUCGUCUAUUCGUCAAAGUCGUUGGGAUGAAGUACCUAGACUUGCCGCUGCCCCGAGGCGAGAGAUCGUACUUCUCCCUGACACUUGACAAUGGCCUUCACUGUGUUACUACGGCUUGGUUGGAACUCGGAAAGACAGCCCCAGUCGGGCAGGAAUUCGAACUCAUUGUGCAAAACGACCUAGAGUUUCAGUUGACUCUACAGAUGAAGGUCGAUGAUGAAAAAUUCAGAGUCCAAGAGCCUCCUCCGACAGCAUCGCCCACGAGACAGAAGACAUCUACUUUCAGUAGGGUGUUUGCUUCCCCUCGCAAGCGCAAGGAAUUGGAUAUGAAGCACCAACUGGCUUCCCAACAGCAGAAGAAAACUGAUGUUAACGCAGGUGUCUGGGAACGCCUCAGGACUCUUAUUGCUAGGGACGGUAGUUUCGCUCGUGCGUAUGUAGCACUGAGCGACCAUGAGAAACAUGCUUUUGGCCGCCCUUACACAGUCGAUGUGGCCUGCUUCAAUGAAUGGGCCGUUGAAGACCAGCCAAGCAGUGUUAAGAGCAAGAAGAGCACUUCCAGCGCUACUUCCCAACGGCGGCCUCCUUACAAGAUUGGCAAGCUAGAGCUGCAGCUGUUGUUUGUCCCAAAACCAAAAGGUGCGAAGGAUGAGGAUAUGCCGAAGAGCAUGAACGCUUGCAUUCGGGAAAUGCGUGAAGCGGAGAGUGUUUCAUCCCGUAGCUGGGAAGGAUUCUUGUCUCAACAGGGAGGCGACUGCCCUUUCUGGCGUCGCCGCUUCUUCAAGCUUCAAGGCUCCAAAUUGACCGCGUACCAUGAGACGACCCGACAACCUCGUGCGACAAUCAACCUCUCAAAGGCUGUCAAGCUUAUCGAUGACAGAUCAUCCCUGAUGCAGAAGGAGACCACGACCAAGGGUGGUGGACGUCGCAAGUCUGCCUUUGCCGAAGAGGAGGAGGGCUACAUGUUUGUGGAAGAAGGAUUCCGUAUCCGCUUUGGCAACGGCGAAGUGAUCGACUUCUAUGCGGAUAGUGCUGCCGACAAGGAAGGCUGGAUGAAGGUUUUGGCCGACGCUGUGGGCAAAGGCUCUUCGGGAAGCAGUCAAGUUAAGCAGUGGACCGAGCUCGUGCUCAAGCGUGAGCGUAGUGUUAAGUCGGGACGGGAAACGACUGAUCGGCGCCUCGAUGGGCCUCUUCCUCCCCCACCCGUCAAAAAAGAUAAAGAUAUUGCGCCUCCACCGACAUCCACGGCACCGGCGCCGGCAGCCGCACCGCCACGGGCUAAACAUCGCUACACCCAGUCUCAACCCGAGGUUCGCAGUGCGGACUCUCGACGCCAGAAAGCCCGCUCCUUGAUAUUCUAA